UUACUUAUUUUACAGGAAUCGGGACGCAAAGGCCAGAAAACACUGAUCCAUGUAAAAGUGUAAAUGAAAAUAAUAGUCUAGAAUAUUUCACUUAUUUGUUGAUUUUGGUUUUGUGCAUGCUGGGGUAGCAGGUUAGCCCUUCUCUUUAGGUGUGACUGGAAUGACAGGUGUUUCUGGGUGGAGGACUUGACCUGAUUUCACUUUUAAGUCCAUUUCGUCCUCUAACCUGAAAUGGCGUCGAGUAACGCUCCAUCACGGCCUCAGAGGAGGGGAAGUCUAACCUUCAUACCUCCUGACAUGAGGAUUAUGCUGCUGGGGAAAAACAGACAGGAGAUCAGAAGAGUGAGAAACUUCAUCCUGAGAAGAGACAUGUUUGAUGCUGAAGCUCCUCCUAGCUCAGUAGAGCAGCACAGUGAGAAAGCCAGAGAAAGAGUGGAAGGAAGAGACAUCACACUCAUCAACACACCUCAGCUGUUUGAUAUUGAACUCUCUGAUCUGGAGCUGAGUGAGAGAGUGAAAGAGUGCAUGACUCUUUGUGAUCCUGGACCUCACGUUAUAAUGCUGGUCACACAGCCAGGAGACUUCACUGAGGCAGACAGAAACUGACUGAAUCACAUCUUCAGAUAUUUAUC